AUGGGGUACGACAGAAGCUGGGUGUUGAUGAAUGAAAGCGACCAUGCCCCGUCCCAGGCUGUCACCAGAGCCCUGGAGAUGGGGAACAACGCCUCGGCCGGGCAGACGGUGUGGCAGGGCGGGAAUGCCAGCGAGGCGGGCCCGGUGGAGAGCGAGGAGCACGGCGAGGAGCAGAGCUACCGGCACUUCACUACCACCGUGCAGGUUGUCAUCUUCGUGGGCUCCUUGCUGGGUAACAUCAUGGUGCUGUGGUCAACUUGCAGAACAUCGCUUCUUAAAUCUGUAACAAACCGGUUCAUUAAGAAUUUGGCCUGCUCGGGGAUCUGUGCCAGCCUAGUCUGUGUGCCUUUUGACAUUGCUCUUAGUUCCAGUCCACACUGCUGCUGGUGGAUCUAUAUGACGCUCUUCUGCAGAAUUGCCAAGUUUCUGCAUAAAGUCUUCUGCUCAGUGACCAUCCUUAGUUUUCCAGCCAUUGCUCUUGACAGAUACUACUCUGUUUUAUACCCUCUGGAAAGAAAAAUAUCUGAUGCAAAAUCCCGAGACCUGGUUAUCUAUAUCUGGGCCCAUGCAAUAGUGGCCAGCAUUCCAGUAUUUGCUUUGACCAAUGUGUCUGAUAUUUAUGCCAUGUCGACUUGCUCUGAAUCUUGGAGUUACUCCCUUGGCCACUUGAUAUAUGUCAUUGUCUAUAAUAUCACCACUGUGAUUGUACCGGUGGCUGUGGUAUUUCUCUUCAUGAUUCUUAUUCGCCGAGCGCUGAGUGCCAGCCAGAAGAAAAAAGUCAUCAUAGCUGCAUUAAGGACCCCUCAGAAUACAGUUUCUAUCCCAUAUGCCUCGCAGCGAGAAGCUGAGCUCCACAUCAUGCUGCUUUCUAUGGUUAUGAUAUUUAUCUUCUGUAGUGUCCCCUAUGUGACUUUGGUGAUUUACCGCACCAUACUCAAUAUUUCAGAUAUUUCAGUCUUCUUGCUCCUCACUGCUAUUUGGUUGCCCAAGGUCUCUCUGCUGGCCAACCCUUUGUUAUUUUUAACUGUUAACAAAUCAGUACGGAAGUGCUUAGUGGGGACAAUAGUACAGCUGCACCGAAGGUUUAGCAGGAGAAAUAUUGUCAGCUCGAGUGGUAUUGCAGAUGAUAGUCUGGAGCCCAGUGUCCAUUCAGGAAGUCAGCUUCUGGAGAUGUUUCAUAUUGGGCAACAACAAAUCUUCAAUCCAACAGAAGAUGAGGAGAAUGAGACCAAAUCCAUUGGCUCUGGUGACUUUCAACAGAAAGAAAUUCCUAUCACCAGUUUAGAACUAGGACAGACUUCAGUUCACAGGUUUAUACCGCAGACGAUUGCAGACUCUGCAGUUCAGGUGGCCCCAGCUGUGCCCACAGAAGCUGAUACAAUAAAUGACAAGUAUUCCGUGCAGUUUGGUUUUGGACCCUUUGAGCUGCCUCCACAAUGGCUCUCAGAAAACCGAAAUAACAAGAAGCGACUCCUGCCUCCUUUGGGGAAUACUCCUGAAGAGCUAAUCCAGACAAAACAGCCUAAGUGUAAAGCAGAAAGAAAAGUCAGCAGAAACAAUAAAGUCAGUAUCUUUCCCAAGGUGGAUUCUUAGUAAGAGCAGGAGCUUUAAGUGACAGAGGAAGGUCACUUUCUAUUACAUGUUUGAUCCCAUGGAUCUUUAUUAUGUUGAAAUUUGUUACAGCCUGAUUUUUUUGCCAAAUAUAAAUUAAAUGAACAAACAAAAGAAAAACAUAUAUGCAAGUGUUCCUUAUUAAUAUGAAAUACUUACUGGAAAUAAUACAUAAAAUAUAUAUGGAAAUUUGUAGUUUGAUCUCAGAAAUCCUUAAAAUGAUAUUAAAAUGAUAUCCUUGUUAUUAACGUUCAAAAGUACAUAUGAAUUUGGGAACUCUUUUUAUUGCUGAAUUAUGGAAAUACAGCAGUCAGUUUUCUGGGAAACAUUAUGUUGUAUUAAAAUGGACUCAGCAUCAAAGUAACUUAACAGGAAAGGCUGUAGAGAGCAGAAGACAUGCAGCAUGGUAAGUCCUACUGUCCUGCAAAUAGACCCAGCAAGAUUAUGCACAUUUCAUUAAUUAAGUAGGGUGGACUACUAAGUGCAUUUGUUUUCUGUUAUACACAUUUAUUUGUUCAUUGUUAAAACUUGCUGGAUUUUUUGCACAACUGAUUACCAAGCAUCUGCCAAACAUCUAAAGUAUUUUAAAACCUAAGCCACUGUUUUCUGGCUUAAAACAUUCACAAAGCCAAGAAUACCCAAAUCAUCAUGUGUGUUAAA